ACAUUGUAAAAUCCCAUGCCAGGACAAACCGGUUUGUAUUCCGAAUACAGAGUGCAGAGUGGAGUGGAAGAUUGGAGAAGGUACAAAAAACAAUGUGGAAAUAUCUAACCGAGUGGGAGUGGAUGGAGAUGAUGUGCAUAUGGUCGAGAAUUGACUUACUUUGACUUAUUCCUGUUGACUCCCGGUGGAGCAUAGGGCUGCAACACCACCACGCCAACGGACUCUGUUAUGGGCUGCUCUCUUCAGCUGAGUCCACGUCAUAUGGUCGGGAUAUGAGGAUCCAAUUAUUUUCCUUAAAGUUAUAGUGGAUCAAAGAGGGGUGGAGGAUGUAAAAUAGCUUGUGAACGCUUCUUCUUCUAUAUGGCUUAUUGGGUAGAUUUGAAACUUUGUGCAAUGUUCCAUUGUCAUUUGUAGAUAUGCACAUUGUCGAGACAGAAGGAUCCAAAUAUUCUCCCAAAACUUUUAGUGGAUCUAUGAGGGGUGGAGGAUGUUAAAAUGGCUUGUGAACGCCUUUUCUCCUUUAUGGAUUUUUCCGAUAGACUUGAAAUUUUGUACAAUACUUCCAUGCCAUUUGAAGAUGUGCAUAUUGCAGGGACAGGAGUAUCCAAUUGUUGUCCUUAAAGUUAUAGUGGAUCUGAGGGGUGGAGGGCGUAAAAUAGUUUGUGAACACUUCUCCUAUAUGGCUUAUUGGAGUUCAUAAGGUCAAUGUUCCUGCCCAUGCUUUCUCUUCCAUACUAUGUAGUACAUGUACAUUAAGGGGAUGAGGUUUCAUUUGGAGCACUUCCAAUUUGGGGAGCUGGGGAGAUAUUUGCUUUUCAUAAAAACAAUCUCUAGUUAAUAAUAUACUGUUACAUCACUCUACCGAUACGAGUUAAUUGAUGCAUAAUUAGAUAGUUGAAAAAAAAUGCCGUCAGUUACAGCCUGUAUUGCUGUAUUUGGGAGAGGGCCUACAUAGGCUAUGCCUGUUGUCCAAUUUCUCAAUAAAAUAUGUUUAAAUUAAAAUUAAGCUGGCAUUGCUUAAAGAAGCGAGACAUACAUCUAAGUACAUAGCAACUUUGAUAAUUCAAAGGAACAUAAUCCAGUAUUGAGAACAGAAAUCAUCUAUCUUUUUAUUAACUACAUGUACACAUUACUAGUUUGACUCAGACAUACUCUCUUUUCUGAAUGAUUAUAAAAAAAAAAUAACAGUAACGUGGUAGUUUAAGAUAAAAAAAAAAUAAUAAUAAUAAUCACCUCGCUACUAGAAUGAUUAAAUGUGUUACUGCAAGUCACAAAACAAUUCCCAAUGAAAGAAGCUCGGACGGGCCGACGGCAUACAUAUACAUUUGUAGAUACACCACCGAAGGCCCGUCCGCGAAACAAGGCUCUAACGGUAACGCGUACAUAUAUGUACAUAUAUAUGUAUGUAAAACGAAAAGGUCAAAAUCAGCUAAAGAAAAGAGAUCAUCUCUACAAUUUCAUGAUCCAUAUGGGCGCCAGCAUUUUUUUUUUUUUUUUUGCCAAUUAGUUGCUUCAGUUGACAGUUAUUCGUGUUUUAAUUUUGGAUGCCAAAAAUACAAGAUUCUAGAGUGUAAUUCGGUAUUUAGACAUAGAAUGUGUUCAAAACGAUUGGUAUGAUUAUUAUUUUAGCAAUUUUUAGCAAAACACUAGAAAGGAAAACAGUUAUACUGAAUAGAUGAAAGAGUUCAUGAGCUCCUUUCAAUAGAUAAUUGAUAAUGACAAAAAAAAACAAAAAACAAAAAAACCAUGCGAAACAUACACUCUUACUUUUUGACUAAUUUGAAAUUGUUGGUUAUAAUUGUUUAUUUUCACCUGUGUUUUAAAUUAAAAACGGAAUGAAUGGUAUUUUUUCACCAAGGGGCGCGUUACGCAAGUUUCACUUACACUUUUGUCAACUCUUGAAAUCACGUCACAAUAUAAUCACAUGAUACAAACAGUCAUUCCUGUUUCCCUUUGCCUUUAAAAGUUCUGGCAACAGGUGAUGCAUCAGGCUCUUUUCAAAGCCCACUGGCACAUUGAUAAGUACAUAUAUUUACCAUUUAACUGUUUGUCUCUUAUUUUACAAGCUUUACCAUAUUUUCACAGCCUUUCUUACUUUUGAUUCCAUAUUUACAUUAAAUCUCCACCACGUGAAUGUCCUACAUUCAUACGCAUAUCACGAAGUAGUUCCAAAUUUAGGAUCAGAAAACAACGAUUGUAAACAAUUCACAGUAAACAUCAAUUUAAUUGCACCAAAAGCAUUUCAUAAUACGACUAAAUAUUUAGUCCAAAAGCUAAAUGCUGGAUAUUAGAAAUUUUUACAAGAUUUGUGUAAAUUGACCGUUGAUAGAGGUAUAGUGCGAGUAGCGCAUAUAAUUCUGUUUAGGGAAUGGAUGAUUGUAUGGUUGUGGUACAUGGAAGCCAAAUGCUACAUCACUAAAGUACACAGUGCUUUUUAUGUCGCUGGCGUUAUAUUACCAGUGUUAAAGGCGGGUCGUGUAGUUAUUCCCAUAUAUUCUCAUUUUAAUAUUUAGAAGUUAGUGGGCGUUUAGCGCAAGGGAAAAUUUCAUAAAUAAUGUACAUGUAUAUUUUCAAGUGAAUGAUUAUUUCUACUUCUAAUUAUUAUAUGACUAAUUAUCACUUGGGACAUGCCAAUGAUCAUUAAUGCUUCGCUCGGUCCAACAGUCACACUGUAUACAUAUAUUAGAUAGUUCAGUGAAAAAUAAUUAAAUUACGUGUUACAGUUGUUAUUUAUAAGUGUGUUGCAGCGAGCGCUAUUUCAAAAUACUAUUGGCGCGCACAGCCAAUCGACUACGUGUGUAAGAUAGUAUGAGUGAAUGAUUGUGAGUUUGUUUAGUCACGUGGUCGCUUUGAUUUACCCCCAUAAGAUAUUUCUGAAGUUGAACCCUCAUGGGCGCUCCAGAGACAUGGAAAAAAUUAAACUUCAUUUUAUAUUAUGCAAGGUGAAGAUAACGAACAGUGAUCAAUCUCAUAACUCCUACAAGCAAUACAAAAUAGAUAGUUGGGCAAACACGGACCCCUGGACACACCAGAGGUGGGAUCAGGUGCCUAGGAGGAGAGGUCUUCAUUUCCUGUGGACUGAUAUCAACGAUUGGACUGGUCUGCAGUACAGAUGUGGAGUAUGGCAUCAACAGCUGAAGAUGUUGGUUGUAGGCAGUCAAACUCGUCUUAAUAUCACCCAAGCAUCUCAAAUUCCUGUAUUUGAUCCUAUUUCCGUCUAUAAAUCUUAUGGCAAGGUCCUAUACAGAGGAGUGGGAGUGCUGAGGUGCAUGUUUUCCGGAUAUCCAGCACCAGACAUUGAAUGGGUUUCUCCUAAUAAGCAAGUCAUCAAGAAUUCUGCUAAAUAUGAAAUCAGUGACUAUGGCAGAAUCUUGAAGAUCAAGGAUGCAACGCUAUCGGAUGAAGGAAUAUACCUUUGUGAAGGGAAAGGGGAAACCAAGUCCAACACCCAAAGCGUAUUUCUAAAUGUCACUUCCUCUCCAAUCCUCGAUACGUACUCUGAACAUCCCCAGAUGAGUGAUGCAUUAGUGCUGGAGGGAAAGGAAGCUAAGUUUUACUGUGAAGCUGUGUCUUUGCCUCAAGAAAAUGACCCAAGCCCACCAACUUGGAAGAAAAAUGGACGUUACUUAUAUAAAGAUGGAAAGAAGUACAUCUUAAGUGACAACAACAGAGUAUUGACUGUGACCAACCUACGCAGGGGCCAGGAUUCUGGUGUUUACCAAUGUAUGUCUGAAAACAGUGAAGGUGUGCUAUUGAAGGAGGCAUUGCUGAAAGUUCUAGGUGGUAGAGCCUGCUAUCCAAUGCAUUGCUUCAUCGAUCUUGGACUGAACAUCAGUGGCAAUAGCAUGCCCAACCUCACUUGUAAUGUUCUCCUGCAAAUAAAGACCUGUGUGAACCAGCUCAUCACUGCAUGUGAAGGAAACGCAGUAAACCUACACCCAACUCUCGUCCAGUCUCUCGAAAGCGGAGCGAAAGCAUGCAGUCAGGGAGGUUCCCAAGGGUGUGAUUUCCAGGCCUGUGACAUCGAUUUCACUUUUCCAAUGGGUGUUCCUAGUAAAACGGAAUACGAGAGUGGAUGCGCUGCAAUGAAUAAUUCUAUCGCAUGUUUGAAUGCUAAAUGUCCUGGAGACAAAAUGGUAGAAGGUUUGGGGAUGGGAUACAACGAGUUCUGCAGAGACUCCAGUAUCAAGACAGGACUCGCUACCUACAAAGAGUGUCUUUCUAACGCAUCUGUUAAUCAGGACUGUCAGAAGUACUUAUCACCAGACAUGCAAGGUGGGGAGGAGGAAAAUGAAGAGGAGGAAUGUCGGAGAAUAUCAAUGUAUUCCACGUGUGCGAAGAAGGCCGUGUCUAAAUGUGGCAGUGAAGAGGCCGCGUCGUUUGCAUCUGAAACUGCCAGAAAAGUUAUCACUCUGAAAUCAAAACGUGAGGGCGGAAUCAUGUGUUCAACUAGUGGCGCUUCUUCAGCAAUGCCGGCUCCGAGGACUCUGCUGUCUGCUGCUCUGGUCACUUUAGCCGCCAUUUUAUAAACCAACAUACCUCUUAUACUGUGGAUGAAUACAGAACAUUCCAAUGACGUGUAAAUCAGUCGGUGUUGACCGCAUUACCACUAGCAAAACUAUCCCCGUCUCUACACAGGAAUUUUUUGUUAUUUGGUUGAGAAAGACUGUUUAUAACAUUGGAGAAACAGACUGCGACAUGAGGCACAUGUUUUCGUAUUUAACAAUGAGUAGUAAAAAUAUUUCUGAUUUAACAGAUUGGUUGAUGGUAUUUCACGCUCGCCUCGACCAGAACUUUUUAUAUCUCUAAUAUCAAGAGUUUACAUAAAAUUGGUAGUCGAGGUUGAUUCUUUAGAACACGCAGAGGGAAUUUUAAAACAUCAUCUACAUUUUACUAGUGAUUGAUUUCUAUGCUAAGUCUAGUGUAUUUGUAUGUGUGUGUACAGAUUGGUGUGUAAUCUUUGUAAGUGCUUUUGUAAGUAUGGUGUGUUUUGUCAUGAAUGGAUUUUCGAAUGUUUUGAGGUUUGUAUAUAUAUAAAUUGAAAUUUUUAUAAUACACAUGCUUGCAUAUUAUCUUUUAUAGUUUUAAGAAUAGUAUGAUUGUGAUUAGGGUUUGUGUUAAUAUUUUUCACAAGUCCUUUGUAAUAAUUAUUUAUUUGGUGCAAAAAUUUUGUUUUUCUAGUUAAAGGUACUCUUACCAAGUAAUAAAUAAUGUUAUAUGUACGGAUUGAAUCAUUGCACUAGGUCACAUAGGAUAUUGUUCUUCAUCUCAAGGUCAUCUUAAAGCGACAACCUCUCCACUCCUACAAAACAGAUCAUCUUUCUAAAUGAAAACAACCUUUUAGCAUUGUGGAUAAUCUUAUAGUGCGACGAAGACGGAUCGUUUUAAUAGUAUGGGAAUACAAGCUUUUAUUGGUCGAUUGAUUUUUUAUUGUUUAACGUCCCUCUCGAGAAUAUUUCACUCAUGUGGAGAUGUCACCAUUGCUGGUGAAGGGCUGCAAAAUUUAGGCCUAUGCUCGGCGCUUACGGCCUUUGAGCAGGGAUAUAUCUUUAUCGUGCCACACCUGCUGUGAGACAGGGCCUCGGUUUUGUGGUCUCAUACGAAGGACCGCCCCAUUUAGUUGCCUCUUAUGACAAGGAAGGGGUACUGAGGACCUAUUAUAACCCGGAUCCCCACGCCGGGACGAAGCUUUUAUUGUUAUUCAGUAUUGGGGGGGUUUUUUGGGUUUUUUUUUUUAUAAUUCUUUAUUUUCUUCUAUUCUGUAAUAUCAACACAAGUGGCAUAUAUGCAUCAAUCUUCAAGUUACAGAAAAAAAAUUAUGAGAGAGAGAGAGAGAGAAUAAAUAUAUCAAGAGGCUGUUUCAAUUGAAUAAAAGGUUCCAUCCAUUCCAGGUUGUGUCAAAUUUUGUUUUUUCACCAUUUUUAUAGAGGAUGAUGUAUUUCAAGGUCUCAUAGUUCUUUUUCAAUUGAGAUAUCGCUACUAUUAUACUUAAUGUCUUUUCUGUACACCUCAUUGUAUAUAUGUAGUACUUUAACCACAGAAAAAGUGUGUUUUGAAUAUAUUUGUUUGAAUCAAGAAAACCCAGCAAAAAGUUUCUUUUUGUAAUAGAUAACUGUAGAUUUGUAUUUUCUUCAACAUAUGUUUCCAAAGUAUCUAAAAAGAUUGAACAUUUACACAUUCCCAGAAGAGGUGUUCCAAUGUUUCUUCUUCCAAUUUACAAAAUGUACAGCUUUUUGUAUCCUUCCUCUUAAUUUUAUGCAGGAAAGUGUUUGUAGCCAAAAUUAUAUUAAUAAGUCUAUAUUGGAACCAUUGAAAUUUUGAAUUUUUUGUUAACUUAAAUGGUAACUUAUAAAUUGUUCUCCAUUCACUUUCUUCAAGUCCAAAUAGAGUGUUCCAUUUUGUUUUACAGAUUGGUUCAGUAUCGUUAUAGUUCAAUAUAUCAUAAAUAUGUUUUGAUUUCUUACAACAUGCCAAUUUAUAGAUAUUGGGUAAAAUCAAGGAAUUUUGUACCUUAAAUAUAGCCCCUUCAUUAUUUUUUGUUUUCAUCCAUGCUUUUACUGCUUGUACUAUACCCAUAAAUUCUAAAAUAAAAAAAAUAAUUAAUAUAUACACAAGGAUAAAUGGAUGAAAUUUUUUCAUAUGUAUAAAAAGUACCAUCUUCAUGUAUGAUAUCAUUUACAUAUUGUAUGUUAUACUCAAACAGAUUUUUAUUGAAAUAAGUUUUUUUACCUAUGAUAAUGUUUAGAUUAAAAAAAAGUGGUACAUCACCUUUUGCCUUUUCUAUAAGAAGGCUGUCUUUCUGAACUAAGUCUAUCCAAGCAUUAAAGACAUCUAUCCAAAA